AAAAAGAAUAACUUCCGUAUUGUCGAAACCGUUGGGAGGGAAAGCUGAAACUGUUGUGGCUGUUCCUUCUUCAAAUCAAAAACAACAACAAUAAUGAAAUCAUCAUCUUCAUAGUUCACACUAACAACAGAGAGAGAUAGAAAGAUAAAGAUAAAGGGUUUCAAAAAAGUGAAUUUUCAUAUCGACAAUGAUCGAAUGGACAAAGAAGUUGAAUGCUGCAUUUGGGUUUUCGUUUCUUUGGCUAAUUUGUUUGAUUUACUUCACCCAGGGUUUUAGGUCUUUUGUCUGGACAGCAAUUUCCUAUCAGCUUAAAGAUAAUCUUCAUUUGUCACCCUCAGCUUCCCAAUUUGUGUUUUCAGUUGCAUUUUUUCCAUGGAGCAUUAAACCGUUAUAUGGAAUAAUUUCGGAUUGUAUCCCAAUUAAAGGAAGAAAACGGAUUCCGUACUUGGUUAUCGCUACUGUGUUAUCCCUUGUACCAUGGUUUAUUUUAGGUUUAAGUUCAAGCUUGAGGAAUUCAACAUGGCACUUGAUGGUAUUCUUGACUGUGCAAAACUUAGGAACAGCCAUGGCAGAUGUUGUUGUUGAUGCAAUGAUAGCUGAGGCUGUAAGAGAUGACAAGGCCUGUUUUGGAGGAGAUCUUCAGUCAUUAUCUUGGUCUUCAAUGGCUGUGGGAGGAAUAUGCGGGAGUUUGUUUGGUGGAUUUGCAUUAUCAAGUUUACAGAUAGACGCUAUUUUUCUUCUAUUUUCCGUUCUACCAUGCAUACAGUUAUUAUCAUGCUGUUUCGUGAAGGACAACUCUGUAAAUAGCGAAGUUUUAGUGGAGGAUUCUAUUGCAAAGGAUUUACAUACAAAUGGUAGUAAUAGUUAUAAUACCCUAGAUGAAGAUAGUACUUUAACUAAAAAGUCCCACAGCAGUACAAGAAAAAGAAAGAAGGGAAAAAAGAACACAAAAAGUAGAUCAGUAAAUACCAGCAAAUCGAAGAUUGUUGAGAAAGGAGACUCCUUUGCAACAAAGUUGUUCCAUUCCUUGAAAAAAGCGGUUUAUGAUUUGUGUCGUGCGUUUAAACAACCAAUGAUUUUGAGACCUAUGACUUGGUUUUUCCUUGCCCAUGUCACUGUUCCCGAUCUUUCAACAGUCAUAUUCUACUACCAAACCGAGGUUCUAAAGCUGGAAGCAUCUUUCUUGGGCACAGCACGUGUUACCGGGUGGCUAGGACUUAUGCUGGGAACCUUCAUUUAUAACCGUCACCUAAAGCAUAUGACGCUAAGAAGAAUUCUCAUGUUUGCCCAUAUUGGAUUGGCUUUCUUGAAUCUUAUGCAGAUUGCUGUUGUGUCUAGGAAAAGUAUUGCCUUUGGAGUUUCUGACAGGGUUACAGCGCUACUUGGCUCAGCUCUUUCUGAUGGAAUCAAUCAAUUCAAGUUUAUGCCAUUCCUGAUUUUAUCUGGACAACUAUGUCCUCCAGGAAUUGAAGGGACAUUAUUUGCUCUAUUCAUGUCAAUAAACAAUUUAGGAUCAACAUUGGCGUCUUUUGUAGGUGCUGGAUUGGCUUCUGUAUUGAACAUAGAUUCAGGAUCUUUUGACAAUCUUCUAUUGGGCAUUGUUAUUCAUGCUUGUUGUAAUUUCAUUCCAAUUGCUUUUCUUUUUCUGAUACCAAAAGAAGCAACAGGUUCAUCAACAUAGACGGUUAGUUAUGAUGACUAUCACUGAAAUUGGCUAGAUAUACUUCAAUUAGUUUUUCCUAGAUCUUUUUAUAGUUGAUAUUUUCCACUUGUAAACAGGAAAAUGUUAGAGGAAGUGAGGACCACAUGAAUUGAUUUAUACAAAUUUUCUUUGAUAAUGACACUGAUUAUACUGUUUGUAUAUA